CAAACAGCCUCAGAAGCUGUAGUGAGAGAAAGCCAUGGCUGCUGGUUGGAACAGAGAUCAUGUAUCCAGAGGCAUCACACAGGGGGGGAAGAUACUCCAGGAGACAUUUAUAGACAGUUAUGACCCAAGUGUCCUUCGAAGGGUGCAAUACAUGUUCUAUGAAAUCAAGUGGAGCAAUAGCAAAAGGUCCUGGCAGAGCUGUUGCCAUAGCACUCGAACGGAGCAUGCUGAAAUCCACUUCAUAGAAGAUGUCUUUCAGGAGCAAAGAUCUGAUCCUUCUGUCCACUGCUCCAUCACCUGGUACAUGUCCUGGAGUCCCUGUGCGGACUGCUGCAAGGAAAUCAGGGAUUUCCUGAAAGAACAGCCUAAUGUGAACCUAGUUAUCUAUGUAGCACGGCUCUACUGGCACAAAGAGGAAACCAAUCGUCAGGGUCUACGGAGCCUGGUGAACAUUGGAGUGUCCAUCCGAGUCAUGGAUUUCCCAGCUUAUAGCUACUGUUGGAGAACAUUUGUCAAUGAUGAGGACAAGGAUGAAGAUGAUUAUUGGCCCAGGCGCUUUGCUCCAUGGAUAAUGCUAUAUUCUCUUGAACUCCAGUCCAUCCUUCAGAACAUUCCGUCUUGCUUAGAGAUUUCAACAGAUGAGAACCAGACUCCAGUUUUCAGCCUCUGUGUAGAAGAUGAUCAACAGAAAAGAGCACUCACAUCCACCAAUCCCCGAUAGCCGCCAGUAUCCUGGCCUGGGCAGCCAACCAGUCUCUGGAUGCCAUGAGUGUCUUGAACCAGGCCAUCAUGGGGGAGGGGUGUUAACACUAGAAUGUUUAAUCAUUCCAAUUUGAUUUAGUUACUCUUAGCCAUUUCCUUCCCAUUGGUUCAGCUUGUAGCCUUUUGAAAAGUGAAUCACGUUUAAAUGUUUAAUGUCGUACAGUGACUGGGUCAUGUUAACACCUGUGACUCAGUGUAAUGGUUUAUUCCAUCACAGUUACCACAGGAGUAUCUUGCUUAUUCUGCAGCCAGUGCUGUUUCACCAAAUGAACGUAACACCAUAUGGUUUGCUUUGUGUAAGCAGUUUAUAAGGAACUAAUUCAUUAUUCAAUAACAUAUGUAAAGACCUUAGAGAGGACUUAUUCUCCAGGAUUAUUUUUCUGAAUGAUUUUUCUCUUGAUAGAUUUCUAGGUUUUACUUUCUCUUUCUUUUGUCAACAUAACAUUUGAAUAAAAUGCCUAUA